UUUUGAGCAUCCACAAGCGCCCAGUGAUGGGUCACGCAGACAUCAACUUCCCCAUGAAGGGUUGGAGAGGCAUGGUGGACUGGGCCCGCAUCUCUGAGGACAGAGUCAGCAUCCCCAAGAACAUCCUGUCCACAGGCAAGCCAGAUGAAGACGACUCCUCUAACUUUGUGACGGGGAUAGUUCUGUACAGAAACCUGGGCAGCAUCCUGGCUCUGCAAAGAAACAACACGGUCCUAAACUCGAAGGUUCUGUCUGUGGCCAUCAAGCCCACUCCUGUCUCUCUCUCCAGUUCUGUUGUGGUGGAGUUUGCUCACAUGUACAAUGGAACCACCAACCAGACGUGUAUUUCCUGGGAUGAGAGCGAAAGCUCCUCUCUGCUGGGAUCCUGGUCUGCCAGGGGCUGCAGAGCUGUGCUCGUCGACUCGUUCCGAACCAAAUGCGUGUGUGACAGACUGUCCACCUUCGCCAUCUUAGCCCGGCUCCAAUCGGACCUGAACAUGGACAAACUGCAGCUCCCGUCUGUGACGCUGAUCGUGGGUUGUGGAGUGUCUUCUCUGACUUUGCUCUUACUCAUCAUCAUCUAUGUGUCUGUGUGGAGGUACAUUCGAUCCGAGCGCUCAGUAAUCCUCAUUAACUUCUGCCUCUCCAUCAUCUCCUCCAACGCCCUUAUACUGAUUGGACAGACUCAGACAAGGAACAAGAUUUUAUGCACCCUGAUUGCAGCAUUCCUUCAUUUCUUCUUCCUGUCCUCAUUCUGCUGGGUUCUGACCGAGGCGUGGCAGUCCUACAUGGCUGUGACGGGUCGCCUCAGGAAUCGGAUCAUACGCAAGCGUUUCCUGUGUCUCGGCUGGGGUCUUCCAGCUCUUGUUGUUGCCAUUUCAGUGGGCUUCACCAAAGCUAAAGGCUAUGGAACACCAAGCUACUGCUGGCUCUCUUUGGAAGGAGGGCUUCUCUAUGCCUUUGUUGGACCUGCUGCAGCUGUAGUCUUGGUUAACAUGGUUAUUGGGAUUCUCGUUUUUAACAAACUGGUGUCCAAAGAUGGCAUUACUGAUAUGAAACUAAAGGAGAGGGCGGGUCAGAUGACAGUGCCACUGUACAAUAUGACGCUCAAAUGUGCGAAGUGCGGAGUUAUCUCUUCGGCUGACGUUUCCACCACAGCUACCAGUAAUGCCAUAGUCACAAAGCUGGCAAUAAGGAGGCCAUGUAUGCAGAGAGGCCAGCCACACACAGUUAUUAUCUGUGUGUGUGCGCCUUGCUGUGAUCCGGCAUCUCUGUGGAGCUCUUGCGUGGUUUUGCCGCUCUUGGCCCUGACGUGGAUGUCUGCUGUUCUGGCUAUCACCGAUCGGCGAUCUGCACUCUUUCAGAUCCUUUUUGCUGUAUUUGAUUCAUUGGAGGGCUUCGUUAUCGUGAUGGUUCACUGCAUUCUGCGCAGAGAGGUUCAAGAGGCCGUCAAGUGUCGUGUUGUGGAUCGACAGGAAGACACUAAUGGAGAUUCUGGUGGAUCUUUCCAAAAUGGCCAUGCCCAGCUCAUGACUGACUUUGAGAAAGAUGUAGACAUGGCCUGUAGAUCAGGAACCACAAAGCGCUCGUCCCUCCAGGGGGAGGAGAAGGCCUCCUCUGGAACCUUGACCCUUCAGAAGGGCUCGAACUUUAACACCAUGCCAGCCAGCAUGGCAAAGGUUCACCUCCAGAACGUGGCUGACUACACCAGCCACACUCUGACUCUGCGCAGAGACAAAGGUACCACCAAGGGAAUCAGCACCGAGCUCCCGGGAGCUAAAUCGAUCUACAUCUGUGAUGGGGAGCUCUUCAAGCAGCUGGAUGGAGAUCUGCCCCGAGGGACCGGGGAAGGCAGCAGCUCCAAGGGCACCGGAAAAGGCCCGGGGUACGUCAUUCUACCGACAAACAAUACAGGUACCCUGAAAGUGUCCAAGACGAAGGAGGAUCAAACCGCCAAGUACAACAUGGGCAUUGAGCAGUUGCCUCAGACCAGACUAAUCCAUCUAGCUAACCCAGCGAGUGCAGAACCAGUCCCUGGCUUCGGGCUAAAGAGCCUACCUACUGAGCAGGUCAGCGUGGCCUGCUCUGACAGAGACUCACCUGCACACAACCUGCAGAAUGCGCCCAGAGACUCCCAAAAGACCAGCAGCUCGGCUGAUGGCGGGGAGUCCGGAAACUCUGGCGUGAUCUCCAAAAGUGAAACUGUGUCCACUCUGUCCAUGAGCUCACUGGAGAGACGAAAAUCACGCUAUGCUGAGCUUGACUUUGAGAAAAUAAUGCACACCAGGAAACGGCACCAGGACAUGUUUCAGGACCUGAACAGGAAGCUUCACAGUGCAGACAAGGACAGAGAGUCUCCACCUGUUGAUGCCAAAGCUGCCAAAAGAUGGAGUGUGUCCUCUACCGGCAGUGACAAGAGCAACAUGAGUGACAAGCCUCAGACCCCAAGUAAGAGGGGGUGGGAGGGGAUCCGGAAAGCCCAAUCACCCCCAUCCUGGGUGAGGAAGGACCUGGAAAUGGUGACCGCCUCCCCGCUGGAGCUGCAGACAGUGGAGUGGGAAAAGACCAGCGCCACCAUUCCACUCGUGGGCCAGGAGAUCAUGGACCUGCAGACAGAGGUGUGACCCCCCCCUCCCCCAAUUCUGACCUCACUUCCUAUGGCUGCCCGUUUGCUCCAGCGCUAUCAGACAACACACACACACACACACGCACACACACACACACACACACACA